GAAUCAUGGGGGCGGGUCUUUCCCGUGCUGCUCUCGUGGUAGUGAGUAAGUCUCAUGAGAUCGGAUGGUUUUCUAAAGCAUAGUUCCUCCACGUGCCCUUUCUUGCCAGCCACCAUGUAAGACAUCCCUUUGCUCUUCCUGCGUCUUCCACCAUGAUUGUGGGGCCUCCCCAGCCAUGUGGAACUGUGAAUCCAUGAAACCUCUUUCCUUUAUAAAUUACAGUCUCGGGUAUGUCUGUAUUACCAGCGUGAGAACAGAUUAAUACAGAUGCCACAUAAAACCCCAAUCCAGCCUUUCCAGCCUUGUCCACUGCCACCAGCUCCUGCUGCUUGUCUGCUCCUUCGUUGGUGUCGCCGUCCUUGAGAUGGCCUGUUCCAGCACCGAGUGGGCCUUUGGGGAUCGUGCACCGUGAGCAGCACAGCUGGACCCCAGGUGAGGGCACUUCACCUCCCAGGCCUGGUCUCCACACCCGGGUCACAGAGAGACACGUCAGCUGAGGAAGCAGGGCAGGCGGCCUCUUCCUUCAACACCUUUAACUUCCUUUAAAUGGAGAAGCAGCUGUAUUCACAUACAUGUACUAAAUGUGACAUUUUCACAGCAUCACCAUUAGGUCUCUAAUUUUAUUACGUCGAAAGUUGCGUGUUGGCAGGAGUGACGUCGCUAACAGCAGUUAGGACUGUGCAGCUGACUUGGUUGACAUUUCACACCAUGUUGCGUCUGUGUUGAACACGCAGCUGGGGCUGCAACUUACAUGGCCUUUUAUCCUCUUUCUACUGAAAUGGUUCAAAAACAGAAGGGUUCCAUGGAGAAAUGGCAGAUUCUGGGUGGGGAAGCACAGAUGAGCCUGAGCACAUGACAGCCCCAAGGCAGAAAACCCAUCGCCCUGGAGGGACACCGAAGCCCACCUGAAAGAGCCUGUCAUGGCCAGCAGCAAAGAUGGUGCGAGGCUGUGUGACGGCGCAGAGUAAAACAGGCACAAUGCAGACUGCGGGGGAGAUGGACAGCCCUUCCUUACGCAGGCAGUUGCACACACGUGAUGCAGCCGUGCCCCUCCGGCCGGCAGCGACCCCUCCUCUGAGCGCGGCCCUGGGAGCAGGAUUGGUAGAGGAAACAGUGUGGCGAGGAGCAGCCCUUGGCAGCGACCCCUGUGGAGGUGCAGCGCUCGCCCUGUGUGCAGAUGACUGUGUUCCACUCCGAGGCUGCUGGCAGUACCCCUCCAAGCAGGGCCGCUCUGUACCUCCCCUCGCCUUCACUGGGCUCUUGGCAUUGAGCCAGCGGCUCCUCCUGCCCAUCCUGGGCCCUGUGGAGGCCCCUGCCCCAGUUCCCCUCCUGCCUCUGGGCUGCUCCUUCCUGGUCACACCCUCAGCUCCUCCCUUCACAAGCACCGUGGCUUGGUGUGCAGCUGCCUCCCUGCCUUCUCACCUCUGCCAGCACCCCCUCUCAGCUGCUGCCUGGUCAGCUUCCUUCUUCCCACCGCACACGGCAGGUGGGAAGGCCACUCACCCACAGCACCCACCUGGGCCUCGACACUGCUUGCAGCCACCCACCUUCCACCCUACUGUCAACCAGGCCCUGCCUGCCUGUUCUGCUUUGCCUUCCAGCAGGCUGUUUGUGACCACCACAGGCCCGCCCAAGCCAGACUCAAUGCUCAGUGUCCAGUCCUCCCCCAGCCACCUGGGGCAACAGCCUGGGCCCUUGCCAGCCUGGGUCCCAGCCCCACCACCCAAGCUUUAGGGUCAGAGCAUGCCUUGAGUGAUUCUGCCAUUGUUCUCCCCAUCCAUAACAGGAACCCCACACCGAGAGCUGCUCAAGAUUAAAUUAGGCAGCAGUGCCAGAUGCAGAGCGAGAGUUGUCUUAAUGUGGCCACUGCAUCCUCCUCCUCUUCUUCCCUGACCACUCCGUGUUCACAAGCUCAGUGCUUGCAGACAGCACCGAGGGCAGAGCCUGUCCAGUGGAGAGGAAUGGACUGGAUGGCGCCAGCUGGGCCUGCUUCUCGCCCUCCACUUCAGCUUGUGCCUCCUUUGGCCCCAAAAUUAUAAGUACAGACUACAAGGAAAUAAGAGAGAGACAGAACAGGAUCCACCCAAAGGUCACGGUUUUAGUCCGUUUCUGCUGCUAGAACAAGAUACCCAACACUGGGCAAUUUAUAAACAGAAUCAAUAUAUGGCUCACCGUUAUGGAGACUGGCAAUCCAGGAUCAAGACUCUAGCAGGUUUCACGCCUGAGAAGGGUCGGCCUGUCUGAGACAGCACCUUGAACGCUGCUUCCCCUGGAGGCCACGAACGCCGUGUCCCCGUGGUGGAUGGGAUGUGAGGGUAAAAAGGACCCUGCUAGUUUUCUUGAGCCUUUUUAUGAGGCACUGAUCCAUUUCUGAGAGCAGAGUCUCAUGGCCUAAUCACCUCCUGAUACCAUCGCACUGGGUCUUAAGUUUCAACAUAGGAAUUGGGGCGGGGGGGACACGUACAUUUAAAUCAUAGCAACAAUCAUUACAUUAUUAGUUACUAUAACAAUUCAAAAUACCUGGAAUUGUCAGUCAUUGCAGAUUUUUAUGCAUCAGAAUAAAUGCAUAAAAAUGCACAAAAUGCAAUACUGUGGGGAAUCUGCUCCCUUUUAUGCAGACUUCAAUAUAUUAACAUAGAAAAAUAUUUCAUAUAUAAUAGUAAGCAAGAAAAACAAACAUGGUUGGUUACGAUUUUUGCUAAAAAGAUAUAAAAACACAGGCCUACUAGACAAAAGUCUGAAUAGGCAGAUCUCAAGAUAACACAUAUCAACUGUGGUCCUUCUGGGUAAUGAUCAGUGACAGGUUUUUCUUUUGCAUGUGCACAUACUCUGUUUUUUUCUGUAUGAAUCUCCGAUACUCAUUA